CUAAUUUCGCGGUAAUAUUUUUGUAAAUACUGUUAAAUGCGUCUAUAAGAUCGAAUCAAUAAAUAAAUUUACAUAAUUUAAGUAAACUAUCGUAAUUCCUGACAUAAAAUUUACUUUGUAUUUGUGAACGCAGUGAACUACUUGGUUUAUUUUGGAACGCUUUCAAACCGAUGUUUCGCUGUAUCGAAGUGCUGACGUUGAAAAUCGAAAUCGAGGUGAUCGACGAUGAUUUUGGUUAAAAUUUUUUGAUGUACGAUUUAAUUUAGUUGGUUUAUUAUAUACGAAAUAUCUGUAUACUUUAAUCAUUGAUAUCAAAACAUAACAAUGCAUACAGUUUUUACACGCGGCAAUGCUAUUCUAGCAUAUACUUUGAGUGUUUCGGCGUGUUUAACAUUUUGUUGUUUUCUUUCUACUGUAUUUAUUGAUUACAGAGCAAAUGCAACUUUAAAUACUGUAAAAGUAGUCGUGUAGUAUUAUGGGAUAAAAUAGUACUUCGUGGGGAUAAAACAGUAUUUAAUUUUAAAAACAUGAACACAAAAUAUUAUUUCUGGGAUGAUGGCAAUGGUUUAAGGGGUAACAAGAAUGUAACAUUAACAUUGUCGUGGAAUAUUAUUCCAAAUGCUGGACUUUUACCAAGUGUUAAUGCCUUUGGCUCGCAUACUUUCACAUUUCCAUCUGAAUAUACCUCAUUACCAUCAUCAUUAUUAUCAUCUUCAUCUUCAUUAUCAUUAUCAUUAUCAUUAUCAUUAUCAUCAUCUUCAUCUUCAUCUUCAUCUUCAUCUUCAUCUUCAUCUUCUCCAUCUUCAUCUUCAUCUUCAUCUUCCUGAUGAGAAGUAUAAUUUUCAGAAACAUAGUCUUGCGACUGAUUUCCUAUAA